GAUGGCUGGAUGCCUGAGAAGGGGAAAGGGGGUGGGGGGUGUAAGGCGUGUAUAGCCAGUCCCAGUGUGGUGGAAAAGGGAGGGUAGCGGGAGAGAAAGGAACGAGACUCGGGCGGAGCUAACUCCGGGUGCGAAGCUGGCCAUGGAGGAACGCGGGUCUCCCGACGGGGACCCCGCGCGGAGCCUGGAGCAGGGGCCAGAGGGGCCAGAAACGCCCAUCCAGGUGGUACUCAGAGUGCGUCCCAUGAGCGCGGCGGAGCUGCGUCGAGGGGAACAGAGCGCGCUGCACUGCUCGGGGACCCGGACUCUGCAAGUGAGCCCCCCUGGCGGCGGCCCCGACGUGGCGUUCCGCUUCGGCGCAGUGCUGGACGGGGCGCGCACGCAGGAGGACGUGUUCCGGGCGUGCGGCGUGCGGCGUCUGGGCGAGCUGGCGCUACGCGGCUUCUCCUGCACUGUCUUCACCUUCGGCCAGACCGGCUCCGGGAAGACCUACACCCUGACCGGGCCUCCUCCGCAGGGCGAGGGGGUGCCCGUACCCCCCAACCUAGCCGGCAUCAUGCAGAGGACCUUCGCUUGGCUGUUAGACCGGGUGCGGCACCUGGGAGCCCCUGUCACCCUCCGCGCCUCCUACUUGGAGAUCUACAAUGAGCAGGUUCGAGACCUACUGAGCCUGGGAGCUCCUCGGCCUCUCCCUGUUCGCUGGAACAAGACCCAGGGCUUCUAUGUGGAGCAGCUGCGAGUGGUGGAGUUCGGGAGUCUGGGGGCCCUGAUGGAACUGAUGCAAAUGGCAAACCACAUCCCUCUGCCCCUUCGGACCUCCAGACCCUUCCAGCUUGUUGAAGGUCUUAGCCGUCGACGGAGCUCAGCUCACAGCCUGAACCAGGCCUCCAGCCGAAGCCAUGCCCUGCUCACGCUCUACAUCAGCCGCCAAACCAUGCCUCCAGUGGACCCUGGGGAGCCCCCCGUUGGUGGGAAGCUGUGCUUUGUAGACCUGGCCGGCAGUGAGAAGGUGGCGGCCACGGGAUCCCGUGGGGAGCUGAUGCUUGAGGCAAACAGCAUCAAUCGCAGCCUGCUGGCCCUGGGUCACUGCAUCUCCCUGUUACUGGACCCACAGCGGAAGCAGAGCCACAUCCCCUUCCGGGACAGCAAGCUCACCAAGCUGCUGGCGGACUCGCUGGGGGGACACGGGGUCACCCUCAUGGUGGCCUGCGUGUCCCCUUCAGUCCAGUGCCUUCCCGAGACUCUCAGCACCCUGCGAUAUGCAAGCCGAGCUCAGCGGGUCACCACUCGGCCACAGGCCCCCAAGUCACCUAUGGCAAAGCAACCCCAGCAUUUGGAGAUGGAGAUACUGCAGCUCCAGGAGGAGAACCGCUGCCUGCGGUCCCAACUGGGCCAAGUACACCCCAAGGCCUCAGGGCUCAGUGGGGCCCGGGUGGCCUGGGCCCAGCGGAACCUCUAUGGGAUGCUGCAGGAGUUCAUGCUGGAGAAUGAGAGGCUCCGGAAAGAAAAGAGCCAGCUGCAGAGUAGCCGGGACCAGGCCCGGGAUGAGCAGCGGGUCCUGGCCCAGCAGGUGCACGAGCUGGAGCGGCGCCUCCUCUGUGCCUGCUCCCUUCACCUGCCAAACCCCGGCCCAGCCCCACCGUGUCCCUGUGUGAUGGCACCAGCUCGCCCCUGCCACGCCCUGCCGCCCCUCUGCUCCUGCCCCUGCUGUCACCUGUGCCCCUUGUGCCGAGCACCGUUGACCCACUGGGCCUGCCCACACAGGGGGCUCCAGCUGCCACAGGUGUUUGGCCCUAAGACCCCAGGUGGCCUGGCUCUGUCUGCCCAGCCCCCACCCUGGACACCCCCAUGCAAUUCUGACUCUGCCGAGUUCCCGAGAGAGAGGAGUCAUAGCGACUGGACUAGGACCCGAGUCCUGGCGGAGAUGUUGAUGCGAGAGGAGGUGGUGCCCUCUGCGCCGCCCCUGCCCAUGGGGCCUCCAGACGCGUCACCAGUGCUGAGAGGCGGGGCUGCAGUUCCAAACCUGGCCCGGAGACUGGAGGCCCUCAGAGACCAGAUUGGCAGCUCCCUGCGACGCGGCCGGAGCCAGCCACCCCCCAGCGAGGGUGCACGGAGCCCCAGCCGAGUCCUCCCUCCCUGCUGAGGGCAGAACACACCCCAGAGACCCCCGUGUGACCCUGGUCUGGGCUCUGCGCUCCUGGGUUUCAACCUCCCCAUCUGUGAAAUGGGAACAACGGCUGCCGCUUCCCUCUGCGACUGAGCUGGGCAGGGGAGAAUUCCUCAGGGCUGCGGGUGGGGGCUGUGGGGCAGUUUGGGGGAGCAAGGGGAGGGUGCCACCCCAGACUGUGAGAAAUGUGACUGGAUCUUGGAGAAACCAGGCUGCAGGUGGUGAAGUAGACGAAUAAAGAGAGGUGUCCGCUCCAA